UCUGCGGGAGGUACAUAGUGUAUCCGUAUGCUAGGACAAUAUUAAUUAAUUUCCAGUAUAUUAACAUAUAUGUAUCAGUAAUUUAGUCAUUUGGAAGGAUACCAAAAAAAUAUAUAUAAUGCUAUACUAAUGUCUAAAAUAUAAUAAAGACAGAUUACAGAAAUUAUAUGUACAAUCCUCGUACUACAAAUUCAGUGUUACAUAUUCUUUUUUAUCUAAAAAUGAAUUAUUAUGUUAUUGUAAUUUUUGUUUCAGGAAUUCUUGAUUCCGAUAGGUAACCUGUGCUUUUUAACCCACUGUUAAGUUUAGAUGCUGGCAAAAUUAGACUUUUAUUUCUUUAACUUCACAAUCAAAAAUGGCAUUUAAAAUUUUUUCCUGAGGUUAUUUACCCACUACAUUUUUGUAAGCACUUCCCCACGCUAUUGAAAAGUGCAUAAUAGACAUUUAACAAAUUUUUUGUAUUAAGGUCAUUACGGAGCUUAUAGAAUACAAAAUAUGUAAAAACAUUUUAAUUAGUUUGUUGCAGUUGAAUAUUCACCCAGAAAAGAUUUUCUGUUCUUUCUUUUCUGUUCUAGAUAUACAUACAUAAAACAUGAACCAAAAUAACAUUCUCAUUAAAAAAAAGCUUAUCGACCACUAUGCCGGUUGAAUAUAACCAUACUACCAGUAAAUAUAAUUAUUCUUAUUCAACAAGCUUUAAUUGCAUGUUGUUAACAUGUUGCUUUAAAAGUGGGUAACAAUUUUAAACAGUGUGAAACCGUAAAUACCUACACAGUAGUUUCCAGAAUUGAAUGGGAAAGCUGCAAGUAAGCUUAUUUAGCACAAUGUAAUUUUGUAAAAGUAAAACGGAAGGAUGUAGUCAAUUGCAAAAUGAAGGAACACCGUUGCGAAUAAUUUAAUUGUCCCAUAUUACAUCAUUAUGACUGGAAUCAAUCUAAAACCUUGCUGUAAAUGGAAUCUUCAAUAAUGUCACAUUCGAUAAAUCGUUGGUUUUGGUAUUAUGCUCUCUUAUCUAUCAGCCUGGUUCACGUGAAAUCAAGCUUUGUCUGUCUGAGUAAUCCCUGUGUACACGGGGUUUGCGUUGAGCAAAAUAAUUCUCAAUAUUCCUGCUACUGCAUCGAUGGAUAUACUGGGGUACAAUGUCAGACGAAUUGGGACGAAUGUUGGUCAAAUCCAUGUCAAAAUGGGGGAAUCUGUAUCGACGGUAUAGCGUCUUUCAACUGUACCUGUCCUCCGGGAUUUGUAGGUGAUUUAUGUGAAGAAAACUUUGACGAGUGUGAAAGUAACCCUUGCCAAAACAACGGCACGUGCAUAGAUGCAAUGAAUGGUUAUAUAUGUAGUUGUCAACCUGGAUACUUAGGUGUCCACUGUGAGAUAGAUGUUGCGGUAUGCAACACAACCGCUGAAACAAGAUGCGCAAACGGGGGAGAAUGCGUUGAAGGCCCAGGGAUGACCUUCACUUGCAAAUGCUCAAAAGGUUGGGGAGGAUUUUUAUGUGACGUGGAACUUAACGAAUGUAUGUCAGAUCCUUGCCAAAAUGGUGCCCUUUGUAUCGAUUUGCAUGCCGAUUACUUGUGCGCAUGUCGAUUUGGGUUUACAGGAAAAAAUUGCGAAGAAAAAGUAAUUUUCUGUGAACACAGUCCUUGUAGAAAUGGGGCCUUGUGCCUGAUGGAAGAUAAUCACCCAGUGUGUUACUGCGUUCCGGAUUAUCACGGAGAAAAAUGCGAACUUCAAUACGACGAAUGUCAGUUAGGACCAAGGUGUAUGAAUGGGGGAACUUGUAUAGACGGAGUAGACAGUUUUUCUUGCUCCUGUCCACCGAAAUUAACAGGAUUGCUCUGCGAAUGUCUUGUAGUAUCAGAUACCGAAAUAGACUGUUCUUAUGUCAGUACCAUCACCACUUCUGUUUCCACUCUUACAAAUCUCACUAGCACCACCUCAUUUAUUUCAACCACUACAGAACCUCCACUGACACAAAGAACAAUUGCCCUGUCAACUAUGUCUUCUACUAAUGUGCCAAAUGAUACAAUUACAUUUUUUGAAACCUCAAGUACUUCUACAACAUUUUUAGAAACAAAUGUUACAUCGACGGCUCUAUCUACUCUAACAACUUUUUUACCAACAUCUCCUGUUGAAACGUGGAGUCAUUCUUCGGAAAGUACCACCUUAGAAAUUAUCACCAGCAAAUCUACAGCAAGCUUCUUUAACGAAUCAUUCACAGAAACUACCACAGAAAUAUUCACCACUGACACGUAUACAACUUUUGAAGAAACUGAACAUGAACCUAUCUCAACUGUAACAACAUCAACCACAAUCCCUCCAACUACAGAAAGAACAACAGAGUACAAAUCCUCUCCUUCAACUUCUUCAACAGAGGUGCCAGUUAGUGAAAAUACUUCUACUAUGCAGACAACAUCAUGGAAUCCAUCAACAACUGUAAUUACAGAGUAUUUUAGUACAAUGUCAUCUACCACGUUGAUACCAAUUACAACUUUAACAACUGCAACAACAACAACUUCUUCAAUCGUUCAAACGGCCCCUACUUGGUCUAAUAGAACAUUAACAACUACCAGUGAACCUUCUACUUCUCCUUUGAUAACAGAAUACACGGUGACCGUGGUACCCGUUACAGGCCCUAAUACUAGUCCAGAAACCACUCUAUUUUUUACCGAAACCCCUGUAGUCACAACUGAAACAUCAACAACCACUAUUUCCAGUACAACAGAAACAACCACUGUAGUUUCAGAAAAUUUUACUGUAAGCACUAUGUAUCCGGACUGCAGUCGUGACGAAAAUCGUUGCCAAAAUGGCGGCACUUGCAUUUUCGGGGCUCAGGGACAUAAGUGUAUCUGCCCUUUUAAUACUGAAGGACCGCUUUGCGAACUUCGUAAAGGCAUCUUAAACGCUGCUUUUGGUGGAAAUUCCUAUUUGGUCCAUCGACUAACAAAUAUAAGCGGGGUUGAAGUACAAUUCAAAGCCAAAACGGUUUCUGAAAAUGGUUUAUUACUUUAUUCUACCAUAGAUGGAACAUAUAUGUGUUUAUACAUUGAAAAAGGAUUUUUAAAGUUUAAAUUUUCCUGCGGAUAUCAGACCAUGUUGCUCAGCGAAUUAAAAAAUCCGAUCAACAACGGUUUCGAUACCAUAAUUUACUCAAAGUUGGAGUUCGACAAGGAUUUUAAACGAUGUUUUUCUCUUGUUAAAAUAAACAAUACUUUAAGUAUGAGCGGGGACCAAAUUGCCAUGGUGGCAAAACUGCACAAGCCGUCGGCUUGGUUGUAUUUGGGGGGAACACCAGAAGAACACUCUGUGGAGUUACCUUCAGCGGGUUUUGUUGGGUGUAUGGGUAGCUUGAGAAUAUCUGGCCAUAGAAUGAGUAUAUACGGGGAUGCCGAAGAAGGAAAAGAAAUUACCGAAUGUUCCUCGUUGGUUUGCUUAUCAAAUCCGUGCAAAAAUGGGGGUACUUGUAAUUCUAAUCAGAAGGGUUGGAAUUGUUUGUGUAAAAAUGGAUUUUUGGGUAGCACUUGCGAGAAGUCGAUUUGUGAUAAUAAUCCGUGCCUCUUUGGAGCCACAUGCCUGGCCUUUACCGGAAGUGGUUACAUUUGUUUGUGUCCUUUCGGAAAACAUGGUCAUUUUUGUGAAAAUGAUAUACAGAUAUCAGAGACAUAUUUUUCUCCAACUAUUGACGGUUAUUCCUCAUACUCGGCCUAUCCCAUCCCACCUGGUGCCAUAUUGGACAAUAUGGAAUUAAAAUUCAAAUUUUCUCCUGCUACAAUGGAUCAAAUUUCGAUACUUAUGUUCAUAGGCAAGUCUGGAAUGCACGACGGUACAUCUGACCACAUGGCAGUGAGUUUUGUCAAGGGAUUUAUAAUGUUAACAUGGAAUUUAGGGGCAGGACCAAGACGAAUAUUUACGUCCCGACCAAUAGAAAAGGAUAAGGAAGAAUAUCUGGUAAAAUUGGGAAGAAGUGAAAGAAGAGCUUGGCUAGCGGUGGAAGGGUUGGGGAACGUUACUGGAAGAUCUAAAGGAAAAUUUGUUCAAUUGGACGUUGUUCCCAUGUUAUAUUUGGGUGGAUAUGAUUCAUUAUACUUUUCGACGCUUCCACAUGAUUUGCCAUUGCAUACUGGAUUUGAAGGAUGUAUUUUUGACGUCGAACUUAAAGCCGGAAGUGUUGUUAUUCCUUUACAAAGUUCAAGACACGCUCUCGGUCGUGCGAUCGGGCAAUGUGGAAUCUCCGAAUGUCAUGAAAAUUCAUGCCAAAACGGUGGGAUUUGUUUGCAUCAUGCUAGUACAUUCAGUUGUUUAUGCCAAGACGGAUGGUUUGGACCUUUGUGCUCUUUACAGUACAAUCCUUGUGAUGAAACUCGUCAUAAUUGUUCUAGUGGCUCUGUUUGUGUUCCAUAUGAGGACACAUACGAAUGCAAUUGUCCGUUCGGAAAAACCGGAAAAUUCUGUCAAAACAACAACGAAUUGACUGACAUUACGUUUUCUGGAAAACGAUCCUUCUUAAGCUUGAUAGCCGUCGAUCUAAUUCCUACAAAAUUCGAUAUUCAAUUCGAACUUAGACCUCUAAGCGAAAUGGGCCUUGUUCUCUACAUUGGAAGUAAUGGAAAAAGCUUCUUCUCAUUAUCAAUUCAGAGCGGUUUUCUGGAACUAAGAACACUACCAGCUAAUCGUAUUCAAACGACAAAGGAAGUAUUGAUUUUGAGAAGCAGAAAACUUCUUGCAAAAGGAAAUUGGUAUAACGUACGGGUUGGGCAGUUUGGGAGGAAAUUAUAUGUGGCCGUUGAAAACAUUACUAACACAGUUCUUUUAGAACGAAACGACCAUUUGAAGCUAUCAGGAGAUUUGAUAUUUCUGGGUGGUUUAGCAGAUAUGUCCGAAUUACCCACAGUAGCUGUAGCAACAUUACCGAUACCGUAUACAGGGUGUUUGCGCCGUUUAAAAAUAGACACGAAACCUAUAGAUUUCAACUUUUCAACCGUAAAAAUUUCGCAAAACGUUGACGACUGUGAUGGAACUCCAUGUGGUGGAGAUUAUUGUAAAAAUAACGGGAUUUGUUGGUUGGAUUCUCAGUUAAAGCCUCACUGUUCGUGUACAAAAUUUUACGGGGGUUCAAGGUGUGAGAAUCCUGUCUCUUGCCAGGAGAAGGGUUGCAGGAACGGUGGCAAAUGCGUGAAUUAUGGUUGCAACUGUGUCAUGGGAUUUUCUGGGGCCUUUUGUGAGACUGCUACAAAAGUCACGACUCCCGAAUUCAUGGGAAACAGUUAUAUUAUAUUGAAGAAAAUCGAUAAGAAAAGAGAUCUGGGGAAAAUUGGGGUGAAAAGUUUGUAUAUAAAUUUUACAACUGCAGAUAAAAAUGGACUCAUAUUUUGGGGCAGCAAGCACGAAAAUUUCGUUGGAAUUGGCAUCGAAGGUGGGCAUUUAAAGUUGGCAUACACUAUCAAAAAUGGCAACAGAACCAUUAUCGAAAUACCGGAAACUGAAUCAUUAGCUGACGGUAUUUGGCACACGCUGGAAAUAAGUUUCGGCAAAACGAAUCUUCUAGUUAAAAUUGAUGGGAAGAUAGUUCUUUCGCAAAAUCAAAGCAACUUCGUUGCUGAUUUGUUCGAUCUAUCGGACGGUGUCCUCUACUUGGGGGGUCUACCUACUGAGAAAAACGAAACUAUCUGGCAGAAAACGCACAAUAUGUUUCACGCUUACUUUAAAGGAUGUAUAAAAGCCUUUGGAAUAAACAAUAUCUUAGCAGUCACCGAUUUUUCUCAUUAUGAUGGAUCGAAUAUCGGAAUUUGCAACGUCAUUUAAAAUUAAAAUUAGCUCAAAAAUUAAUAAUAAAACAAACGCUG